GUUUUCUCCAAAAUCUUCAGCCAUGAAGCACUGGAGAGUUAUCUCCCCAAGAUCCAGCUGGUGAUCAAAGACACCCUGCGAGCCUGGAGCAGCAACCCUGAGUCCAUCAAUGUCUACCAUGAGACCCAGAAGCUCACCUUCCGCAUGGCCAUCCGUGUCCUGCUGGGCUUCCGCAUCCCCGAUGAGGAACUCAACCGCCUCUUCGAAGUCUACCAGCAGUUUGUAGAGAAUGUCUUCUCCUUGCCUGUGGAUCUGCCAUUCAGUGGCUACAGGAGGGGCAUCCGGGCACGUGAGACACUGCAGAAAGGGUUGGAGAAAGCCAUCCAGGAGAAACUGCAGAACACUCAGGGCAAGGACUAUGCUGAUGCUCUGGACAUCCUGAUAGAGAGCGGCAAAGAACAUGGCAAGGAGCUCACCAUGCAGGAGCUGAAGGAUGGCACCCUGGAGCUCAUCUUCGCUGCCUAUGCCACCACCGCCAGCGCCAGCACCUCUCUGAUCAUGCAGCUCCUCAAACACCCCCGGGUCCUGGAGAAGCUUCGAGAAGAGUUGCGCAGCAAAGGCAUCCUCCACAAUGGCUGCAUCUGCGAGGGCUCCCUCCGACUUGACAACAUCAACAGCCUCCACUACCUGGACUGCGUCAUCAAGGAGGUGCUUCGCCUCUUCACCCCCAUCUCCGGGGGGUACCGGACAGUGCUGCAAACCUUUGAGCUGGAUGGUUUCCAAAUCCCCAAAGGUUGGAGUGUGAUGUACAGCAUCCGGGACACCCAUGACACUGCCCCUGUCUUCAAGGACGUGGACGUCUUUGACCCCGACCGCUUUGGGCAGGGUCGCAGUGAAGACAAGGACGGCAGGUUCCACUACCUCCCCUUCGGAGGAGGCGUACGGACCUGUCUGGGCAAGCACCUGGCCAAGCUCUUCCUCAAAGCUCUGGCCAUUGAGUUGGCCAGCACCAGCCGUUUCGAGCUUGCCACCAGGACUUUCCCCAAAAUCACCCUGGUGCCUGUGGUCCACCCAGUUGACGGACUCAAGGUCAAAUUUUUUGGACUGGAUUCCAACCAGAAUGAGAUCCUGACAGGGACAGAUGCCAUGUUGGGGGCAACAGUGUAAAGGCCACGCC